CACAUCCCCCUAAACAGGGAACGAGAACAAGAAUGAGAGAAACUGAGAGUAAGGCGGCUACAGACACUUUUCUAGUUAAUCAGGAGGAUCGCUUCCCUUCUUGUCUUGUCCUCCUGGCCCUGGUGUUGACGUGCAUGCUGCUGUCUCUCCCUCUGAGCUGCUACAGACACAGUCACCAGAACACAUAAGGAGCACGGCUUGCUGGUUCUCUCACUCUCUGGAGCACAGAUUCAAGAUGCAGCAAGAAACCACCUUUUUCUAUUCCCCUUCAGAUCUACGGCGUCCGCCACAACAGCGGAUGUCACGCGGACAUUCAUAUGAAGAGAGAACUGCGUGGAACCCAAAGUGCUCUGUGGUUGCUGACCGUCAGAUGCUGCUUCUCGAUGGAGAGGAGGCGGGGAGGCGAGUUGCGUCAGCCAGGGCCCAUCUUCUGCGACGCACCAUCAGCGUUCCAGUCGAAACCCAGUUUCCAGAGUUCCACAGCCAGAUUUCCACAGAGAGCGAGUCUCCUCCGGAGCGGACGGGGCGCAGACGGAGUAUGCCAGGCUCCUCAGACAAGAACUCCACCACCAUGGAAGCCACCUCAACCGCUGCCACACCUUUCAGAGUCACCGUGAGUACUGGCUUUCUGAGUCGACGGCUGAAAGGCUCCAUAAAACGGACCAAAAGUCAACCAAAGCUCGAUCGGAACUCCAGUUUCAGACACAUCCUGCCUGGCUUUAGGAGCGUAGACAAUGACAGAUCUCAUCUGAUGCCAAGACUGAAGGAGUCUCGCUCCCAUGAAUCACUGCUCAGCCCCAGUAGUGCUGUGGAAGCCCUGGACUUAAGCAUGGAGGACGAGGUCAUCAUCAAACCUGUGCACAGCAGCAUCCUCGGCCAGGACUACUGCUUCGAGGUCACCACCUCCACAGGAAGCAAAUGUUUUUCCUGCCGUUCAGCAGCCGAGAGAGACAAAUGGAUGGAGAAUCUGAGGAGAGCCGUGCAGCCAAACAAGGACAACAGCCGGCGAGUGGAAAACAUGCUGAGGCUGUGGAUCAUAGAGGUCAAGGACCUGCCGGCCAAAAAGAAAUAUUUCUGUGAGCUUUUCCUCGAUGACUCACUGUACGCUCGCACUACCUGUAAGCUCAAGACUGAUAACGUGUUCUGGGGGGAGCACUUUGAGUUCAGCAACCUGCCCGCCGUCAGGAGCAUCACGGUCCACCUCUACAAGGACACAGACAAGAAGAAGAAGAAAGACAAAAACAAUUACAUUGGACUCGUCAGCAUCCCUGUGGGAUCCGUCACCGGACGGCAGUUUGUAGAGAAGUGGUACCCUAUAAGCACUCCCACCCCCCCUAAGGGUAAGACUUCAGGCCCCAUGAUCAGGAUCAAGGCUCGCUAUCAAAGCAUGAACAUCCUUCCAAUGGAGAUGUAUAAGGAGUUUGCAGAGUACACCACCAACAACUACAUGCUGCUGUGCUCGGUGCUGGAGCCGGCCCUCAGCGUCAAGAACAAGGAGGAAGUGGCGUGCGCGCUCGUGCACAUUCUUCAGAGCACCGGCAAGGCGAAGGACUUCCUUACAGAUCUGAUGAUGUCUGAGGUGGACCGCUGUGGGGAGAAUGAGCACCUCAUCUUCAGGGAAAACACUCUCGCCACAAAGGCCAUUGAGGAGUACUUGAAGCUGGUUGGUCAGAAGUACCUGCAGGAUGCCCUCGGUGAAUUUAUUAAAGCUCUAUAUGAGUCAGAUGAAAACUGUGAGGUGGAUCCAUCCAAGUGUUCCUCUGGUGAACUGCCAGAGCACCAGAGUAACCUAAAGAUGUGCUGUGAGCUUGCCUUCUGCAAAAUUAUCAACACAUACUGUGUUUUUCCACGAGAACUGAAAGAGGUGUUUGCAUCAUGGCGGCAAGAGUGCAACAGUCGGGGUCGACCGGAUAUCAGCGAACGGCUAAUCUGCGCCUCACUGUUCCUGCGCUUCCUUUGUCCAGCCAUCAUGUCACCCUCCCUUUUCCACCUCAUGCAGGAGUAUCCUGAUGACCGCACGGCUCGUACGCUCACUCUCAUUGCCAAAGUCACGCAAAAUCUGGCCAACUUCACCAAAUUUGGAAACAAGGAGGAGUACAUGUCUUUCAUGAACCAGUUCCUGGAGCAUGAGUGGACCAAUAUGCAGCGUUUUCUGAUGGAAAUCUCCAACCCUGAGACAAUCUCAAACACAGCCGGCUUUGAAGGCUACAUUGACCUUGGCAGGGAGCUGUCGACCUUGCACUCACUUUUGUCUGAGGUGGUCUCCCAGAUGGACCAGAGCAUGGCUUCAAAGCUAGGCCCCCUGCCCAGAAUCCUCCGGGAGGUGAGCACGGCUCUGUCUAACCCCUCCAGCGUCCAGAUGACACCUGGGCCGUCCUCAGAGCCCGUAGGUUCCCCUACUGCUGAGGCGUGCUGCAGCAUUUCCACCGGGCUGCAGAAGAUGGUCAUAGACAGUGAACUGUCAGGAUUGGUUGACUUCACACGGUUACCUUCACCCACUCCAGAAAAUAAGGACAUCUUCUUUGUGACAAGGAGCUCAGGUAUCCAGCCUUCCCCUGCUCGCAGUUCCAGCUAUUCAGAGACUAAUGAGCCUGAGCUGGGCAUGUCAAAUGGCAACAAGAGUUUAUCCAUGGUGGACCUCCAGGACCCCCGCAACCUGGAUGCCGGAACUACUCCGAGCCCUUCAGAUGCUCUAAAUGAAAGCCAAACCUCUGGGGGAUUGUGGCCAGCCAGAGUCUCACAAGGUAACAUCCCAGGAGGUCCUACCAUGAGAAGGCCCGGCCAGACCCCCACUACCCCAAGCACAGAGAGCACUCCAGGUCGACCCGCGCAGCUUCUAGCCCCGCUGUCCUUCCAGAACCCAGUUUACCAGAUGGCGGCCUGUUUGUCAGUGUCUCCUCGAGGAAUGACUGAUUCGGGGUCAGAGUGCCACAGCUCUGUUAGUUCCCAUAGCAACAAUGAAGAUGGGCCUGCAGGAGGAAAGCAAUCUUUUAUGAACCAUAGCGGAGGUGGGGGAAGCAGCGGGGAUGAGUACACCAGGCGUUCCGGGGAGUUUAACCGUCGACAACUAUCGCUCACUGAGACCCAGCAGCAGCCCAGCGUCCCCAGACAGAACAGCGCCGGCCCACAGAGGAGGAUAGACCAACCUCCACCUCAGAACGUUACCCGAGGCCGUACGCCCCCCAAUCUGCUCAGUGGCGGCCCUUACCCUCGCCCAUCCUCUGGGAACAUGAUGACAUCGUCACCGGACUGGCCAGCUGGCGGCGCCCGUUUGCGGCAGCAGUCGUCUUCUUCUAAAAGCGACAGUCCUGAGACCAAACAGAGGGCUCAGCACAAACAGGCCCCCUCCCCAGUGAACCCCAGUGCGCUGGACCGCACAGCAGCCUGGCUUUUGAAUAUGAAUGUGCAGUAUUUAGACCAUGAGGGGAUGGAGCCCGAGUCACUAAGAAACAGAGAGGAUCUGACUCAGGUGGAGAAGUACCAACAAGAGAUUGCGGUGCUGCAGGAGAAACUGCGUGCGUCUGUACAGAAGCUGGAGGAGUACGAAGCCCGUCUAAAAGGUCAGGACGAGCAGGCUCAGAAGGUCCUGCUGGAGUACCAGGCCAGGCUGGAGGAGUCGGAGGAGCGUCUGCGCAGGCAGCAGGACGACAAGGACCUCCAGAUGAAGAGCAUCAUCAGUCGGUUAAUGUCAGUGGAAGAGGAGCUGAAGAAGGACCACUCUGACAUGCAAGCAGUUGUGGACUCGAAACAGAAGAUAAUUGAUGCUCAGGAGAAGCGCAUCGCGUCGCUGGAUGCUGCCAAUGCUCGUCUCAUGAGCGCGCUCAGCCAACUGAAGGAGCGUUACAGCAUGCAGACCCGUAACGGCAUCUCCCCCACCAAUCCAACCAAGCUGCAGAUCACUGAGAAUGGAGAGUUUCGGAACAGCAGCAACUGCUAAGGCUGCUCUGAGUGUGUUUGAGGCUCCUGAGAGUGUACAGUAUAUUCCUCCUUUUGGGCGUGUGCGUGGCUGUUAGAUGGACGGUGAGCACGUGGGUGUGUUUUUUGGAAAGCACUCAGUUUACUUCCGGAAGACAUUUCUAUUUUUCCUCUGUUUGGGCAAUGCUGGCCCUAAAGACAUUUCUACAAGGGGGCCACCCAGAAGGAUUGGAGCUUGAAGCAGAUCACCAGAUGGCCUUCUUUGGGAGGCUGAUGGAAAAAGGAGGCGGAGCCGAGCUUGUAUAUAAAAACUCCAAGCUGUGGAUGAAUUAAGAUGCUGGGAUGACUCAAACGCCCGGUCCACGCCUGGGACGAACCACUAUAAAAACCAUAAAGAUCGACAAUUCAGCUCCUCCCUUCCCUCCUGACAGCGAAGUGGGCCCAUUAAAAAACACAUGUUGAGGAUUUUCACUUAAGCUUGUCUCCAGAGGUUUACUUUCCAAUGCUUUAUCUCAAAGUAUAUGUUUUUAAAGAACCAAAUAUGAGCUAUAAAUAGAUAUUUUUUAAAUCCAAAACAAUCUUCUUUACUUCCCUUUGAAUUUAGAGGUGUGUUGCUGAGCGUCCCGUUUACCCCCACAACCCCAACCCCCCUCCACCCUCCCCCAUACCCUAAGCAGUGCACUUUGUGAAAGCUAUUGGUACACGAAACGCCUUAACUAGGGAACACACCUCAACUUUAUCCCCCCACCCGCCCAUCCCUUUCUGCAAAACAAACAUAAAGGCACAACUUAUACUGUGGAUUUGUAAAGAUAACAAAUAUUGAUUAAAUGUAUUAUUAACACUAAAGUAAAUGAAUUCUAUGUGAUACUAUAUUAAUGAAAUUUAAUAUAGAUAUAUGCAUUUUUUUUCAUCUAGGGUAUACACACAUAUACCUAUAUUUGAUAAAAGUCAAAUAUAAAAGCAGCCCUUUAUUUAAGAGAUCAAGUGUUAUUUUUUUUUCUCUAAUGCUGAGGGACUAUAGUGUGUAGCUUGUUCUGGAGCUCUGGAGAGGAGACCCACCCUGAGCAGUGAUCAGCACCUAACAGCCAUUAUUGAACUUAAUGUAAGUUUGGCACAAAACUCCUGCAUCAUUUUGUUUUUUUUGAAGAUGCUAGCCAUAGACCAGAAUGAAUCAAAAUAGAAUAUAAUGCUUUCAACACAAGGUAUCUACAAAAAAUGUAUAUAAUCAGAUCUGAUUCUGUUUAAAACUACAUGAAACUUGUGAUUUUGUCAGUAGAAUAGCAGAGUGCUAACUGAUAAUAAUAAAAUAUAGAUGGAGAUAUAUGAGUUGAAUGUCUUAUCUGUCCAUGUUUUAGCAAAGAAAAAUAUCUCUAAACAUUCAUAUUAGUCUCUCCAUUUAAGGGAAAGGAAAAUGCAGUAGCCUCCUUUCAGCCUGCUGACCCGCAGUGCACAUCAGCAAGCUAAAGAAUGGGCAGCACUGUAACGCUAUUACCUCCAUGCAUCUGCACCAAACUCCAUGCUGGCACCUCAUUAAAAGAACCCUUGGAAUGGGAUUUAGGAAUGUUUUUGCUGUAUUGAAAUCAAAUAUAAAGCUCUGUCUGGAAAGACCUUAAGAAAAAUGAAAGAAAAAAAUAUGAAACAGAGUAUCUUAAUUGCCCAAACUGCCUCAUGGCCUGAAAGUGCACGAUCAUGUGCUUAGUUUUUCUGGUGCUCAUCACUGCUCUGUAAAUAAUAGAUCAUUAGCCGUUGCAGGAUGUCGGUUGAUUCUCUCUAGUUGCACUGGAGCUAUUGAGCGAUGCGCCUACAUGCAUUCACUCAUUCUAUACACUGGACUGGUGAGAUUUUUUUAUUUACGUCCUUUCAUUCAGUUUUUCUCUUUACCAGCUUCAUCUUUCAGUCAAAAAUGAAGACGUUUGCUUCUAAACUGUGACUCCACUGAUCUUCAUUUGCAUCACCUUUCUUUACUUGUCUGUUUUUCAUACUCUACCAGACCUCAUGCUUUCUGCUUCUGAAUGUACAGACACUAUCUAAGGUCUCCUUUCUUUACGUUACCAUCUCAGCGUCUGAUUUUUGGAUAUUUUUUUAACAUUUUUAAUUCCUGUUAAAAUCUAAAUACAUGAGGUGUGAGGCUCUGCAUGCCUAAUCCA